UUGUAGCUAUGGAAACGUCCACCAGCCUGUUCACCCCUUCAGACCAGGCACUGCGUGUGAUGUAGCUAGCUAGAUGGUUUAUGUGUGCCAGAAUUACCGAUAAAUCAGACGUUUCAAGAUGGCGUUACAACGACUGAUGUCUUUUUUCAUUCUUUACUCGAUUCUUGGCUACAUUCCAUCACUUGGCGUAAUCCUCCGAACCACAGACAAGACUGUGUGGGCAAAUGAAUUUGAACCUAUUGAGUUGACGUGCUUGAUAGAGUCCAUCUCAACAAACAACCCCAGAAUCGAAUGGAAGAAAAUCCAAAACGGUGUCCCUAGUUAUGUGUACUUUCAAAAUCAAAUUUCGGGGGACUUGGAGCACAGAGCCCAGCUGAUCCAGCCAGCCAACCUACUGAUCCUCAACACCAGCCGUGCAGACACUGCAGAGUACCGCUGUGAGGUCGCUGCCAUUGAUGACCACAAACACUUUGAUGAAAUUCUAAUCAGUCUUGCUGUCAGGGUAAAGCCUGUGGUGCCCAGGUGCAGUGUGCCUGUGGCGGUGACUGUUGGCACGUCCUCUGAGCUGCGCUGCCUGGAGAACGAGGGCUUCCCUGCCUCACAGUACCGCUGGUUCCACAACAACGAGGAGCUUCCCCAGGACCCAAAGAGCAGCCCCAAGUUCAUCAACUCCACCUAUUCCAUUAACGCUGACACGGGUGGUCUGAAAUUCCGCCGGAUGAGGAAGGAGGAUGCGGGGGAGUAUUACUGCCAGGCAAAGAAUGUAGCUGGACAUGCACAGUGUCCCACACAGCUGAUGGACGUCUAUGAUGUCGACAUUGUGGGCAUUUUCCUGAAGGUGUUGGCGGCAUUGGCUGGACUCAUUGUUGUGAUGGUGGGGGUUUGUCAUGUAUACAAACAUCACUGCUUCUCCUCCGGCAAGGAUCACACAGGAACCAACUACAAACUUCCAUCGCAGGAUGAUGGCGUUGACUAUGCCGAAGCAGAUGAGGGUCACUUCCGUCACAAAUCAUCAUUUAUCAUUUGACAUCUGAGAUCAAGGAGACACACUGAAGAGGAGACCCACUGAAGUCAAAAGUGUGCCAAAUCCCAUAAUGGGGCUUCGUGUGAGAAAUGUGAGCUGUAACAUUUCACAUGAACCAACAAGCUUGCCAAAGUUAUCAUAAUGAAAAAGAUCAAUCAUUAUUUCAAUUUUGCUUUCUGAUAGGCAACUGCAACGUCAUGUCCCUAUUAGUACACUGUUUACUUUUUUUUGUAGCACAUAUGUAUUGCCCUCAGUCAUUACUAACUACAAUUACAGUACGAUUUUUUUUUAAAGCUGUGACUUUUGAACUUCCACCAGCAUGUUCAUCUUAACUGAUGCUGGAACAUUCCCCCAUACUGUUUUUAGACAAACAAGGUUUUUUACUUCCAUAAAAUUUCUACAGAGUACAACAAACCUGUUUAAAAAAAACAGUAUUUCAUAACCUCUGAAUGCAAGCUGGACUAGUUUAUGUUAAUAUGAAGGUAGGUUGUGUCAAUAGUUUUAUAUAUACACUACCGUUCAAAAGUUUGGAGCCACGUAGAAAUGUCCUCGUUUUUGAAAGAAAUGCAUAUUUUUUUG